AUGUGGAGGGACAACAUUCCCCCACACGGAGAGCGCUGGAACAACCUCGUCAACAGGAAGGGACCCGGGGAGAGCCUCUGGGGGCGCCUGUCCAGACCUGUUCCCACCACCAGGGGGCGCCUGUCCAGACCUGUUCCCACCACCAGGGGCGCCUGUCCAGACCUGUUCCCACCACCAGGGGCGCCUGUCCAGACCUGUUCCCACCACCAGGGGCGCCUGUCCAGACCUGUUCCCACCACCAGGGGGCGCCUGGCCAGACCUGUUCCCACCACCAGGGGCGCCUGUCCAGACCUGUUCCCACCACCAGGGGGCGCCUGUCCAGACCUGUUCCCACCACCAGGGGGCGCCUGGCCAGACCUGUUCCCACCACCAGGGGGCGCCUGGCCAGACCUGUUCCCACCACCAGGGGCGCCUGUCCAGACCUGUUCCCACCACCAGGGGCGCCUGUCCAGACCUGUUCCCACCACCAGGGGCGCCUGUCCAGACCUGUUCCCACCACCAGGGCGCCUGUCCAGACCUGUUCCCACCACCAGGGCGCCUGUCCAGACCUGUUCCCACCACCAGGGCCUGGCCAGACCUGUUCCCACCACCAGGGCCUGUCCAGACCUGUUCCCCACCACCAGGCGCCUGUCAGACCUGUUCCCACCACCAGGGGGCGCCUGGCCAGACCUGUUCCCACCACCAGGGCGCCUGUCCAGACCUGUUCCCACCACCAGGGGCGCCUGUCCAGACCUGUUCCCACCACCAGGGGGCGCCUGGCCAGACCUGUUCCCACCACCAGGCGCCUGUCCAGACCUGUUCCCACCACCAGGGCGCCUGUCCAGACCUGUUCCCACCACCAGGGCGCCUGUCCAGACCUGUUCCCACCACCAGGCGCCUGUCCAGACCUGUUCCACCACCAGGGCGCCUGUCCAGACCUGUUCCCACCACCAGGGGCGCCUGUCCAGACCUGUUCCCACCACCAGGGGCGCCUGUCCAGACCUGUUCCCACCACCAGGGGGCGCCUGGCCAGACCUGUACCACCAGGGGCGCCUGUCCAGACCUGUUCCCACCACCAGGGGGCGCCUGGCCAGACCUGUUCCCACCACCAGGGGCGCCUGUCCAGACCUGUUCCCACCACCAGGGGCGCCUGUCCAGACCUGUUCCCACCACCAGGGGCGCCUGUCCAGACCUGUCAGUCCCGUGUCUGCUCGGCGAUGCAGCGAGGCGACCCAGCAUGCACCGGGAGAGUCGGAGCGUCUGCACCCACCAGACCUGUGA